CUGAUUUGCUGCCCCUCUCUGCGACUGACAGUCUCCACUUCAGCCUAAAAAAGGGGUUUUCACUCUCCAAUCGGUCGACAAGGGGGCAUCAGUUGCGCAGCCGACCCCAGUCGGACCAGACCAAAGAGAGAGGGGACGGGAGGAGCAGAAGGAACCGUAGGGGUGCAAACACCAAAGUCCUGCCCAACUGCCCCUACACAUCCCAAUGGCUUUAUAAAAAGUUGCCCUUCCAGCAGGGUGUUUGCCCUACUCUCUUUGCCCCCCCUUAUUUUUAUUUUUUUUUGCAUUCCAAGUGGGGACACCUCAAACUGAAGAGAUUGCCCCCCCAAAUCGGAGGAGCUAAUGAGUAUGGAUUCCCACACACGAUGGAAAAGACGGAAUUGGACGACAGAGUGGCCCCUCCUUGUAGCUUUAGCCUUGUCUAUAUGUUCCCGGUUCAGCGCAGCUGAACCGGCGGACCUGUUGAAGGCCUUAGAAUUUCACAAUUUACCAGACGGUAUCAAAAAAACGACGGGCUUCUGCGCCUACCGCAAAUCUUCAGAUGGACCAGACGUGGCAUUUAGAGUGUCCAAAGAGGCCCAGCUUAGCGCUCCGACCAAUCAAUUGUUCUCCGAUGUCGCAUUCCCAGAAGAUUUCUCCUUGUUGGCAACUGUGAAACCCAAAAAAGGAAGCCAUUCCUACCUGCUCUCCAUCUACAAUGAGCAAGGAACCCUGCAGAUCGGCCUGACGCUGGGCUGGGAACCGAUGUUCGUCUAUGAAGACCACCAGGGACACCCACCCCCCGAGGAUUACCCCAUCUUUAGAAACAUUAAUCUGUCAGAUGGGAAGUGGCACCGGGUAGCUUUCAGCGUGCACAAGAAGACGAUCACCCUGUUCCUGGACUGCGUCAAGAAGGCCACCCUGCCCUUGAAAAGAAGCGACGGCCCCAUUAUAGACACGAACGGCAUCGUCGUGUUCGGCACCAGGAUCCUGGACGAGCAAGUCUUUGAGGGAGACAUUCAACAGCUGAUGAUCGUGCCCGACGCCCGUGCUGCACAUGAUUAUUGUGAACACUACACCCCCGACUGUGACACCGCCAUUCCAGAUGCACCGCAGUCUCAGGAUCCCAACCAAGAUGAAUAUUACCCAGAAGCUGCUGAAGCCGAAGGCGAGGGUUAUUACUAUGAAUAUCCUUACUACGAAGAUGAGAAGACAGAAACUGCAACUACCAAGCCCACGCCUGAGAAAGCCGAGGUACUAAGGCCCGAGACAGAAAUCGAAGAGGAGGAAACACCCCCACCAACUGAAGCCCCUGCUAUUCCCGUCACUGAUGCUCCACGAUUUGAGACCAGGGAAGAGAGCAGGGUAGAGAGCAGGGUAGAGAGCAGAGUGGAUAACCCCACCACCGAUGACUACAACUAUGAAACCGUACAGGAAGAAUAUUACACCGCCUCUCCUUAUGAAGAUGUCAACUACUCUGAAGGAGAGGAAACAGGAAUUGAGACUGGGACUACUGGUGAAGGCCUCAUCGAGGGAGAAGGAGAAAUUUUGACCAAAACUGUCAUCACAAGCAGCUCAUCCAAUGGCUCAUCGGUCAUCAGCAGUGGAAGUUCCAAAAAAGAAGGCAGUACCGACGGAGAUUUCACAGAAGUGACCAUACAGGAGUACGACCAAGGGAAAGAUACUUACUAUGACAUCUACGAUGAUAAGCUUCUCACUGACACUUCAGACGGAAUUGGUGGGCAGCCAGCUGAACAAGAUCAAUUUGGCAUUUCAGGUGGGGCCAGAGGUGAGAAAGGACAGAAGGGAGAGCCAGCCAUCAUUGAACCCGGAAUGCUGAUCGAAGGACCACCAGGCCCAGAAGGUCCAGCUGGUUAUCCCGGUCCUCCUGGUACCUCAGGUCCUCCUGGUCCAGCUGGAGAUCCUGGAGAGAGGGGCCCCCCUGGUCGUGCAGGUCUUCCUGGAGCUGAUGGCUUGCCCGGACCACCAGGAACCAUGCUGAUGUUGCCCUUCCGCUUCUCUGGUGGUGGAGAUGGUGGAUCUAAAGGACCCCAAGUGUCUGCCCAGGAAUCACAAGCCCAAGCUAUUCUCCAACAAGCAAGACUGGCGUUGAGAGGGCCAUCUGGUCCGAUGGGUCUUACUGGAAGACCAGGCCCAUUGGGUUCUCCAGGUCCUUCAGGAUUAAAGGGAGAGUCAGGAGAUUUGGGACCUCAGGGGCCACGUGGGCCACAAGGUUCUCCCGGUCCAUUAGGAAAACCAGGACGAAGGGGACGAGCUGGUAGUGAUGGUGCUCGGGGAAUGCCUGGACAAACAGGACCAAAGGGUGACCGAGGCUUUGACGGGUUGGGCGGUUUGCCAGGAGAAAAGGGACAUCGUGGUGAGCCUGGUCCACAAGGUCCACCAGGGCCACAUGGAGAAGACGGAGAAAGGGGUGAUGAUGGAGACGUUGGACCUAGAGGGUUACCAGGUGAACCUGGACCCCGAGGGUUGCUUGGACCUAAAGGACCUCCUGGCCCACCGGGAAUCACCGGUGUUCCUGGAAUGGACGGUCAAGUUGGACCCAAAGGUAGUGUGGGACCUCAAGGUGAGCCAGGACCACCUGGGCAGCAAGGAAACCCAGGAGCACAGGGUCUUCCAGGUCCUCAGGGAGCUAUUGGACCACCAGGAGAGAAGGGACCACUGGGAAAAUCAGGUCUUCCCGGAAUGCCCGGAGCUGAUGGACCUCCCGGUCACCCCGGGAAAGAAGGACCCUCAGGAGAGAAAGGAACCCUGGGUCCUGCAGGGCCACAGGGACCAAUUGGAUACCCAGGACCACGUGGUGUUAAGGGAGCUGAUGGAAUUCGUGGUCUAAAGGGAACAAAAGGAGAAAAGGGUGAAGAUGGAUUCCCUGGAUUUAAGGGUGAUAUGGGCACCAAAGGAGACAGAGGUGAAAUCGGUCCUCCUGGUCCUAGAGGUGAAGAUGGUCCUGAAGGUCCAAAGGGUCGAGGUGGUCCAUCUGGAGAAAUAGGUCCACUUGGUCCUGGCGGUGAAAAGGGAAAGCUUGGUGUUCCUGGUCUACCAGGUUAUCCAGGAAGACAAGGUCCAAAGGGUUCUAUCGGAUUCCCAGGAUUCGCAGGAGCAAACGGAGAGAAAGGAACAAGGGGUACCCCUGGCAAACCGGGUCCAAGGGGGCAACGAGGUCCAACGGGUCCACGUGGUGAAAGAGGUCCAAGGGGAGCUACAGGCAAGCCAGGCCCCAAGGGUAACUCCGGAGGGGAUGGCCCAGCAGGUCCACCUGGUGAAAGGGGACCACCUGGACCUCAAGGACCCACUGGAUUUGCAGGACCGAAGGGCCCCCCUGGUCCACCAGGGAAAGAUGGACUUCCCGGCCACCCUGGACAGAGAGGAGAGACUGGAUUCCAAGGAAAGACUGGCCCUCCUGGUCCCCCUGGCGUUGUCGGUCCUCAGGGUCCAACUGGAGAGACUGGCCCAAUGGGUGAAAGAGGACAUCCUGGUCCUCCAGGUCCUCCUGGUGAGCAAGGUUUACCUGGUGUGGCUGGAAAAGAAGGAUCCAAGGGAGACCCCGGUCCUGCUGGUUUGCCUGGAAAAGAUGGACCUCCAGGUCUAAGAGGUUUUACUGGAGAAAGAGGUCUCCCCGGUCCGAUUGGUGUUCCUGGACUGAAAGGCAAUGAGGGUCCUCCUGGUCCACCUGGCCCAGCUGGUUCCCCCGGUGAAAGAGGAGCUGCGGGUCCAGCCGGACCUAUUGGACUGCCUGGAAGACCUGGCCCUCAGGGGCCACCAGGACCUGCCGGCGAGAAGGGUACACCAGGUGAGAAAGGUCCCCAGGGACCUGCUGGACGUGAUGGUAUCCAAGGCCCCGUUGGACUUCCAGGCCCAGCUGGACCUGUAGGGCCACCUGGUGAAGAUGGUGAUAAGGGUGAAAUCGGAGAGCCUGGGCAAAAAGGAAACAGAGGAGAUAAAGGAGAGCAGGGUCCCCCAGGUCCACCUGGCCCACAAGGUCCCAUUGGUCAGCCUGGCCCAUCAGGAUCUGAUGGAGAGCCAGGCCCCAGGGGUCAACAAGGUCUUUUUGGACAAAAAGGUGAUGAAGGACCUAGAGGUUUUGCUGGACCACCAGGACCUGUUGGACUGCAGGGUUUACCUGGACCACCUGGUGAGAAGGGAGAAACCGGAGACGUUGGUCAGAUGGGUCCUCCUGGUCCCCCUGGUCCUAGAGGUCCUUCUGGCUCCCCUGGAGCUGAUGGCCCACAAGGUCCUCCUGGAGGAAUUGGCAACCCUGGUCCUGUAGGAGAGAAGGGUGACCCUGGAGAGUCUGGGGAACCUGGUCUUCCUGGUGAACUUGGACCACCGGGCCCUAAAGGUGAAAGAGGUGAAAAGGGAGAAGCGGGUCUUCAAGGAACUUCUGGCCCUCCAGGUCCUAAAGGUCCUCCAGGUGAUGAUGGUCCAAAAGGUAGCCCUGGCCCAGUUGGAUUUCCUGGUGAUCCUGGUCCUCCUGGAGAAUCUGGUCCUGCAGGUCAAGAUGGUCCACCUGGUGAUAAGGGAGAGGACGGUGAAUCUGGACAGCCAGGGUCACCAGGUCCUACUGGAGAGCCUGGGCCUUCAGGACCACCUGGAAAGAGGGGUCCUCCUGGUCCAACAGGUCCUGAAGGACGUCAAGGAGAAAAAGGAGCAAAGGGUGAAUCAGGUUUGGAAGGACCUCCUGGUAAGACUGGUCCUAUUGGUCCCCAAGGACCUCCCGGAAAACCUGGACCUGAAGGCCUUCGAGGAAUUCCAGGCCCUGUUGGUGAACAAGGUCUCCCUGGUUCACCUGGACCUGAUGGCCCUCCCGGACCUAUGGGUCCACCAGGUAUACCAGGUCUGAAAGGAGACUCAGGUCCAAAAGGAGAAAAGGGUCAUCCAGGCUUGAUAGGUCUCAUUGGACCUCCUGGUGAACAGGGAGAAAAGGGAGACCGUGGUUUGCCAGGCCCCCAGGGACCACAUGGUGCUAAAGGAGAACAGGGUAUUCUUGGUCCAUCUGGUCCUGUUGGUCCACCUGGUCCUCCAGGCUUACCGGGUGGUCCUGGUCCAAAAGGUGCUAAAGGUUCAUCGGGUCCAACUGGUCCAAAGGGUGAAUCUGGAAUCCCUGGUCCACCAGGUCCUCCAGGACCUCCAGGCGAGGUGAUCCAGCCUCUGCCUAUCCAUUCCUCAAAGAGGACAAGACGUAGCAUUGAUGCAAGUCAAGUAGUGGACGAUGGAAAUGCAGACAACUACAUGGACUAUGCCGAUGGAAUGGAGGAAAUAUUUGGUUCUCUCAACUCCCUAAAACAGGAAAUUGAACAAAUGAAACACCCACUGGGCAAUCAGCAGAACCCAGCAAGGACUUGCAAGGACCUGCUUCUGUGCCAUCCUGAACUCCCAGAUGGGGAAUAUUGGAUUGACCCAAAUCAAGGAUGCUCUAGAGACUCGUUCAAGGUUUUCUGUAAUUUCACAGCCGGUGGAGAAUCUUGUAUCUUCCCCGACAAGAAGUCUGAAGGAAAUAAACUGGCUCGUUGGCCCAAAGAGCUGCCUGGUACAUGGUAUAGUCAUUACAAGCGGGGUUCCAUGUUGUCCUACGUUGAUUCAAAUGGCAACCCCAUUGGAGUGGUGCAGAUGACCUUCAUGAAGCUUCUGAGUGCUUCGGUGAAACAGAAUAUCACCUACAACUGCUACCAGUCCGUGGCAUGGCACGACGCCACCACCAACAGCUACGACAAGGCCAUUCGCUUCCUGGGGUCCAACGACGAAGAAAUGUCCUACGACAACAAUCCUUCCAUUCGAGCCAUUAUGGAUGGAUGUGCGUCAAAGAAAGGUUAUCAGAAGACAGUUCUGGAACUCGACACGUCCAAAGUGGAACAGGCCCCCAUUGUGGAUAUUAUGUUCAACGACUUCGGAGAUCCAGUACAAAAAUUCGGCUUUGAGGUGGGACCAGUGUGUUUCAUGGGCUAAAAAAACAGAGUCACAAAUAUUAAAAAAAAAAAAUCAGCCAAGAGAAAAGAGGCCAAUCACAAAUCAGAACGCUAAGUCUCCAAAUGAGCAACCUUGAAACCUCAUCAAAGUUAUAUAUAUAUAUAUUUUUUUUUUUUUCACACGCACGUUCUGAAACUUAAGACGGUGAAAGGUUAAACCAAGACUUCCCAAUGGCUCUGAGCCUGGACCACCAAAUGCCAACACACCAGCCAUGGAAUCACAUGACCUAAUCACAUGACCUAUACAGCAUCACACCAUUCUAAUUCACAUAUAAAGGACAAUGGUCUCUGAGACUCACAUCCUUUGGUCCAUUAUCACUACAUUUUCUUAGGGUAGGCCUGCAAGCAUUAUCCCAGCCUGGAGUCAAUUUGGAACAAUAUGGGGACAGCCCUUUUCAAGCCUAAAUCGAGGAAACAGCUGUCUUGUCCCGUUGUAUUAAAGGUGCUUAUAUUUUUGUAUGUUUGUAAGUAAUUAUUUGUAUUGUAUAUUGUUAUUAUUUUUUUUUGGGGGGGGGUGGGUGUUGGGGGGGGUAAAGAAAAAUUUCACUGCCUUUAUACCCUUUUCCUGCCUUCCUGCACUUGACUCGGCUUCGAUUUCAAUGCUCGAUUCAUCCGCCGACACGGUGCCAGGUAUUCUUUCACUCAGUUUCAACAUGAAAUGCUAGAGCCACACAAGGCCUUCCAACUCAUUUAAUGUAGUCCUUUGGGUACAAGAGCCUGUCUGGCACCGAAUCCUUUGCCUGUGUUUCAACUGAAACUGAUAUCAGGGAGAAUAUUUGUAACUACGGACGUGGCCGUGCUACCAUGGCGAUACGUUAAUGGGCAACUGAACUGUGACCAAAAGAAAACGAGACUACCAGUAGUCAUUCCUCACAUGUUAACUCAAGUGACCUAGCAAGGUCAAUGGCAAAUUCCAAAACGUCAUCGACGUAACCAAAGGAAGGCAGAGGUUCCCUUAGUCCUUGGUUUCCAACUGAAAAUCCUCGAUUUGAGAUUGCUUAGUCUGACGAGUGGAAAGCACGGCUUCUUAUUGGCUAGCACGGUACUGUCUUUCAGCAGGCAAUCACCCUCCUUUCUUAGAAGCUCUGUAUCUUAGCCUUGUUACUCAGUGGGAGAUUGCCUACAGUAGGGGAUAUCAUAUAUAUAUGUAAGGAAAAGGUGCUAAGUUUUUCUCUCUCGUUCAUUUCUCCCUGUGGUGCUAUGUUUUUAUAUGAAAUCACUAAUGGUGCUCCAUCUGUGGACCAGCCUCCCACUGCUUUACCCAUAUUCACACACCCGUCUUUAGUUAGAAGAGAGGUAUAGUGCAUGCUGCUCUUGUAUUCAUAAACUGUGUAGAUAUGAGAUAAUAAUAAUAAAAACAAAAAAAAUAAGGAAAAAUCUGAAAACUGUAUUGUGGUAGCAUCACAUGCAGAAAUAUUCCUAUUUGUGUUAUGGCUCCGUCUGUUGUUUGUAAUUAUGCCAGAUUGUACUCAAAACUCAAAUGCUGAUUUCUAUUUUGUGGUGCUAACUUAUGUUAUUUUGUUCGAAACACGUCGAAGAAGAAGCGAUGGCCUUUUUUCUCUCGCCUGACAGUGGGUAGGAGAGCAGCCCAAAUAGGUUCUUGCCACGUGAACUUUUACCAGACACAUGUACUGUAUGAAGCGGUUAAUACAGUGAAAUUCACUGACCAAAUAAAAAAAAAAAAGGGACAAAAACUGUUGGAAUUUGUUUCAUUUAUGGGAAUCCAAGCCCUACGCAUGUAGAAGUGGGAUCAUUUGGGGGGGCUGCUGACCAAAGAGUUCAAGGCAACAUUAUUUCCACCAUAAAAAUCAAAUCAACGAAGAUAAAUAUGCGGUGCUCUAUAUACAUGCAGUUGCCCAGUUUCCCAAAUAAAUCAGCCAAUUGUGUUCUAUCACUGGGAAUUGUUAAAUAUUACCAUUAAAUAUCACAAUAGUAGGCUCUUAAUAGCCAACGUACCAUUAAAAAUUACGAUAGUAGACUCUUAAUAGCCAACAUACCAUGAAAUAUAACAAUAGUUGACCCUAAAUGGCCAACGUACCAUUAAAAAUAACAAUUGUUGACUCUUAAUGGCCAACGUACCAUUCAAUAUUAUGAUAGUAGACCCUUAAAGACCAACAUACCAUUAAAUAUCACAAUAGUAGGCUCUUAAUGGCCAACAUACCAUUAAAUAUCACAAUAGUAGGCUCUUAAUAGCCAACGUACUAUUAAAAAUCACGAUAGUAGACUCUUAAUAGCCAACAUACCAUGAAAUAUAACAACAGUUGACCCUAAAUGGCCAACAUACCAUUAAAUAUAACAAUUGUUGACUCUUAAUGGCCAACGUACCAAUCAAUAUUAUGAUAGACCCUUAAAGACCAACAUACCAUUAAAUAUCACAAUAGUAGGCUCUUAAUGGCCAACGUACCAUUAAAUAUCACAAUGGUAGGGUCUUAAUGGCCAACGUACCAUUCAAUAUUAUGAUAGUAGACCCUUAAUGGCCAACGUGCCAUUAAAUAUCACAGUAGUAGACUCUUAACGAUGAACGUUCCAUAUUACUCUCUACUGAUGAAAAGGCAACCAUAAACAUCUCAGCUGCCCUAAAAUCCUUACUAAUUAAUAGGUUCCUUCUCUAAGGCUCCAGCUCAGUGGCCGAUACCUAUUUUGCUGAGAUAUAAGCCACCUCAAAGGAUUAAUGUCAAGAAAGCUUGAUGGCCUGAUCAAGAUGGGCAGUCAAGCCCUAAUGUCUUCCACUCUUUAAACCGCCAGCCGUACAACUUAGAGGCAACGGCACUUAACUGAUCUUGCUUAGUUAUCUUGGUAAUCAUCUUGGCUCAGUGUGAAAGCUGCAGCUUGCCCACUCUAAACGGAUUGGAUGAGGGUUCCCACUGCUCACAGUCUUUAAAUAGUUCAGUCCCUAGAGAUUCCCCGUGCCCUAAUUUCCAUCCAGAGUCGUAUCGCGUGCAGCCUGUGGGUUGCCUGAGACCUAAUUUGCAGUCAUUUUUGAAUCUGCGUGUCUCUUUGAACAAAACACUUCAACAUUACACUAAAUGAGUUUAAAGCUUUCGCUUGUGAGAGGGUCUGUCAUGCAUAGCUAACAAGGCUCUGAGCAGAUACAACAUUGUGAGAAGCAUCAAAUUAUGUCCUAUCUUCACUCUCAAUGGGAAAAGGGAGAAGGAGCCAUCUUUUUUUUUGUUCCCGAAGCAGUAUUUCUACUUAAUUAAGCUUAUAAACCUAUUUCCCCACAGAGAAAGCCAGUCCAUCACAUAGUAAGUGUUUAUAUACGAGCAAUGCCAAGUGCUAUCACGUCCAGUUUCAGGCAGAAGACACGAAGCUUCUAUCACAAUUAUCUGAUUCUUUCCAAAUUACAUCUGGCUGCCUCCGUGCACUCUCAAAAGCAGAUAAAACUCGACAUUAGUCUUCGUUUACAGCUGCCGUCUCCGAAAUCAAGUGCCUUUGACACAAAUCGUCCCAGCCCAAUAAAUAACGGCUUCUUUUUCCAGCUUUGAGUUCAACCGAUUACAAAUGAUGAGCUGGACUUUGGUUGUAUAUGUUGAUCUAAAAUGGUGAAUACCAGACAUUCCUGUCUCGGGUUCAAAUGAAGGCAUCUAUAAUAUUUUAUUGGCGGGGGAGAUUUAUCCAAGCGAUGUGUGGUCAGAAGAACUGUCAAAUACUCUCAGAACAUCUGUAUAUUCUGGCUGCACCCCCAAAAUCUUAUGAUAGUAUCUUAUUUAUGAUGAAAAACACAUGAAGCUGAUGGGAGAACUUGGGAAGGUCUGCAGCCCCAACAUACAAAUGGUGAUGGCAAGCCAUAAGAAGCUCCAUAUUUUUGUAAUAUCUAUGACCGAUUCCAUCCAAAACUUCACAAAAAUUCAGAAUUUCGCUGUUUUUGAAGUUCUAAUGACUGUUGCAUCAGAGUCAGAGUAUUCUACUUUGACCCAUAUCUUGAGUUGAAGGCUCCUUGUUGUAUUUUCCACCGCUUACUGGUUCAUUUGGAGGCUCUUUGCUCCCCCCAUUUCAGAAUGUUAUAGUCCUUGCCUACAGCUUCAGUUUAAUGCUUUUCAGCUCCCUUUCCAGUUGGGUCAUUGUUGGAUAAUCGAAGCUUCCACAGGGAUUAGCAGCAACUCAAGCAAUGGGCUGGACUAGAAUACACGGUGGUUUAGGGGGGAUAAGGACCUAACUGUAGCAGUGGGAUGGACUAGAACCCUCUGGUGGAAAGGUUCUAACCAAAGCACUUGACUUUGGGGACUGGAGCCCAGUCUAUACUUCAAAAAGUUGCACCAGAUUCGAAUGGGAGUUUACAUGGGUGGCAGGGAAUCUUGACCAGUCCAUAGGGACAUUAUUACGCUACCCACCUCUUGAAUAACCCCCUCUGUUUCUAGUUAUACCGCCUUCUGUUUAAGUUAUUGUCAAAAAAGGUGUAUGUUCUACCUGAAUACUGUGAUACUGUCUAGGUCAUGUGAUUCUUCAUUCAUUCAUUCAUUCGUUCAAUAUUGUUAAAUGUCUUUCCCACCCCCCUCGCAAGACCACAUACAGGAUCUUUACUGAAAUAAACUUUGUUCUUGUAUUCGCAGUACUUCUUCUGGCGUAAUUUGAUUUUCUUUUACUUUUGUUCAUUUUCCUGAUAUUUUUUUAUUUUUUUUUACUUGAAUUAUGUCGGGGAUCAAAUUGAUCAAUUCAUUUACGGAGAAAAAGAAAUCUAUUCUCAAGCUGGCGAGCCGCAAAUUGUACAGUUCUUUCAGAAAGAAACACAAAAUCCAUUCACCAUGUGCUAAAUUUUUAAUUGAGGUUCCCUCAAAGGGGUUUUUAAAAAAAAAAAAAUAAUAAUUAUAUUUUAAACCUGUGUAAUAAAAUAAAUAUUUUUUUUUUGUUUUCAAUAAAGCAAGUUUACUGUUCGUACCUGGUUACUUGAUGUGAAUGUUUUUUUAAAAUAUAAUAAAGAUUUUUUAAAUGUA